AUGACCGCAUCUGAAAACCAAAAGGUGGCCGUGAUUACUGGUGGUAGUCGAGGGAUUGGCAAAGCUGUAGCCGAAGCAUUAGUCGCUCAAGGCAUACGUGUGGUGAUUGGCGAUAUCCUUGAUGAUGAUGGCCAUCAAACAGCUCAAGAGCUCAAUCGUCAAUGCGCUGGAGACUCGCAAAUGGUUGCCUACAUUCAUACAGACGUGACCUUGUACAAAGAUGUCAUUGCCCUUUUUCGAUUCGCUGAAGCUACUUUUGGUGGUGUGGAUAUUGCUUUUUUGAAUGCAGGCAUCAUUAGUGGAGCCGACAACGUGUUUUUACCUUUGGAAGAUGAAGUAGAGGUGAAUUUACCCAAAGUAAACAUUACGGGCGUCGUCAAGUGUACCAAAGUGGCUGUUCUCCACAUGGCUAAACGAGGUGGUGGAGUCAUAGUGAACACUGCAUCGGUAGCUGGUUUCCUUUCGAGCAUGCAACUCGCUCAUUACUUUGCGACAAAGCAUGCUGUGGUGGGAUGGACACGUAGUAUGGAGAUGCUUAAGGAUAUUUGUAAUGUGCGUGUCAAUGCUGUAUGCCCACAUUGGGUUGCCACAGAUAUGCAAGGGAUGAUCCUCAACAAGGAAGGCGACGACCCUUAUAAGCAAUUGGUGGAACAUUCGCCUCGAGUUAAGAUGGAAACUGUGGUCCGUGGAGUAAUGAUGCUUAUUGAAGACGAGAAAAGAAAUGCGGAGACCCUUCUAACCCUGCCUGGGGAUGUGAUUCGAGUCCAAGAACGUAUUGCAGAAUAUGAGGAGUUGUCGACACCGGAGUAUGCAGCGCUUGUAGAUAGUUACCAGCCUCAAGUACUUGAGCACUACAAGAAGCAACUUGAACAUGCAUUGGAUCGUUAUGGAUUGUAA